AUGCUCAUCGCCGGGCGCGCUGUGCAAGGGAUGGGAAGCGGUGGCAUCAACAUGAUCAUAGACAUCAUCAUCUCCGACCUCGUCCCACUUAGGGAUAGAGGUAACUACAUCGUCAUCAUCCUGGUGAUCUACGGUGUCGGCAUGGCAAUCGGACCGUUCGUGGGAGGCGUCAUUGUGUUCUAUAUCAACCUCCCAGUUGGUGGUCUCUCACUCGUUCUACUCUACCUUUUCCUUCGCGUCAAAUGGGAUCGAACCGCUACCCUCAAAGACAAACUUCGCAGACUCGACUACAUCGGCAACUCGAUGCUAAUCGCAUCUACAGUCUCCGUCCUCAUAGCUCUCACCGGGGCCGACGCAAUCCACCCUUGGUCCUACUACCGCGUCAUAGUCCCUCUGAUCCUCGGUCUUCUGGGUAUCGUUGCCUUCUGCAUCUUUGAGGGAUCAGUCAUUGUUCCUGAACCGGUGAUGCCCCUACGCCUCUUUGCCAAUAGGACCUCCACCGUUGUCUACGCAACCACCGUCCUUAAUUCGGCAAUUCUGUACUGGGCAUUCUUCUUCCUCCCGCUUUACUUCCAGGCCGUCAAGCUCUCGACUCCAGCUCGCUCGGGUGUUCAAUCACUUCCUGUGACCUCAAUCUCGAUCCCGGGCGCCGCGAUCUCCGCCGUCGUCCUCGCGCGAUGGGGUUGCUAUAAAGCCCUCCACAUCGCAGGCUUCGCUUUCAUGACCCUCGGUCUCGGCACCUGGACCUUCCUGAACAGAAACAGCAGCACAGCAGCCUGGGUCCUCGUACAAGUCGUCCCUGCGGUGGUUUCAGGCAUGCUCCUUAACACCCUCCUCCCAGCCUUCCAAGCAGGUCUCGCGGAAGCGGAUCAAGCUGCCGCGACAGCAAGCUGGUCCUUUAUCCGCAGUUUUGAGAGUAUCUGGGGCGUCGCUAUCCCCGCGACCGUCUUCAAUACCUGUACAUCGUCGCAUGCUGCGCAGAAGAUUGAUGACCCUACGGCUCGGGGUGUCUUACAGCACGGAGAUGCAUAUGCCAGCGCCACGAAAACCUUUAUUGAGUCUUUUGAUGAACCGAAGAGAAGUCAGAUCAUUGAUGUAUUCACUGAGGCGAUGAGGAAGGUAUUUUUCAUUGCGAUUGCGUUUGGAGGCUUGGCUUUCUCGUUGAGCUUCUUGGAGAGGGAGAUUAAGCUGAGGAAGGACCUGGAGACCCGAAUUUGGGCUCGAAGAAAAGAAAAGGUCGACGGAGAUAUGAAUGCUGGUUAA